ACUAGCGGAUUCAUGAAACAUUCUAUGCGCAAUGCUCAGACUAUUAUUAUUUGUGACAAUAUUCUGUGACAAAACCUCUAAAGUAUGGAUGAUUUCGCAAGUAAGUGCGAUUUUGAGACAGAAUUUCACAACUCUAGUUCAGUUUGGGGAAAAGUCUUGGCUGUCGCUGCUCGAAAGAUAUUUUUAUUGGGAAAUUUAAUCGUUAUGGCUGAGGGAAAUAACCCAUCUGUACCCAAGAAAAAGCGUCCAACGGAUCGAGGUCCUCAGUUCUCGUUCAACAUAGAAGUUCCUCGAACUCAGGAGAGCAGACUUCUCGGCAUCAAAGACCGCAUAAAGAUGGCCAGAGGCUCGUUGAAUCUCACAAAAGCGACCACAAGCACACAGAAUGCAGAUUUAAUGGAAGCUCUUCUGUUAGCUUUUGAGGAGAAAAUUGAGAGGAAACGACUGACAUCGAGCGAUCUGAGCUUAUCAUCAACGGGAAGUCCGAACCCCUCUCUUCUCUCUACACCAUCCACAACUGCACGGUUUUCGAUUCCUUCAGCUUCUUCUACUCCAUCUUCGCGUAUUUCUUUGCCUUUCAGUGAUCCUUUUUCUCCAAUUUCUCUUCCACAAGCAGAACGUACGCCACAAAGAAUGCAAAUCACUGCAUCUUCAGCAGAGAACGACUCCAUAUAUCUCUGCAGCGAAGAAUCUCUGCGAACUCUGUUUUCUUUUUUCUGUAAUACGCUAUCGACAUCAUGUUGUUAUUGUGGAAAACCCCUCGAUUGCGAAUCACUUGUCUUCAAUCGACAGAGUCAUGUCGUGUCAGUGACAAUUUCAUGCGUUGGUGGAGAUUCUUUCAAGUGGCUCUCCUCCCCCAUCAUGGGAGGAUCUCCUCCAAAGUACUAUGUAAAUUUGAGAUUGAUUCAUGGAGUAUUGUCCUGUGGCUUGACAGAGACACAAUACACAAGUUUCUGUCAAGCAGCCAACAUCGGGUCAGAGGGAGAAAAGACCUUCGACACAGUCUUGAAAAAGCUUGGUUACUUGACAGUCGUGAAGAGGGUUUCCAAUGAGUCGAUGUUGGCUGCUCAAGAACAAGUGAAGAGUAACCCUGCAUAUGCUGUGAAUGGAGAGUGUGUUAUAACAGAUGCAAGGCAUGAUUCCAGUCGAUCAGCAGCACACACAACAGUGUCAGCCCUUUCUUUCUCGACCAAAAAGGUGUUAGCAGUUGUCAACUGGAGUAAGGCCAAUGAAACUUCAGCAGUAAGCCGUGAGGUCCCUAUGACAAAAGAGCUGUUGACUUAUCUCUGUGAGACACAAGGGUUCCAUGUUGCAGAGGUGGCACAUGACUUUGUAUUACAGCUAAAAACAUGGAUCUUGUCAAAAGGAAUGCUUAAUUCCUUUGACUCUUGGCAUGGUGCAAAGUCUGUGACUAAAGCAAUGAAGAAAGUUGCCUCAGGACCACAGAGGGAUGAGGGCUCAAAGUGGUUUUUUGAAUUGUCCGACAAAAUGAAAAGUACAAGGACUCAUGUGUACUUCUGCAUGAAGAACAGUCCACCCACUGAAGAAGAAUUUCAGGGUACACUGUUGAAUGUAGUUGACCAUUACCAGGGUAAUCAUGUCAGAUGCCAUGCAGAGUCACGGUGCAAGCAGAAUGGCUAUGUGAUGAGCAAAAGACUGUUAACUAAACCUGAAGCAGUAGCUGCCUACAGGAAAGCCAUUAUGAGCACUUCAAUUUAUAGGCAUGCAUCAGACUACAUGCGGUGCAGGGAAACAUAUUGGAUUGAGUCUCUCCAUUCAGUGAUGCUCAUUUAUGCUGCAAAGCGGAUUCAUUAUGGGGAUGACUCAUACAACAUGCGCAUGGAGUUAGCCAUUCUUGAUUGGAAUGAAAAUGUGAAUCGAGAAGCAUCGUCUCUACAGAUGUACCAACAUGCCAGGCAUCCAAAUCGCUUGGCAGAGACCAGGGUGCUUACUUCAAAGACAUUUCAUUUCAGAGAAACUAUCUGGUCUACCUUUUUUAAUAUAAACAAAUGAUGUCUCAUCUGUUUUCCAUUGCACCACAGUUUCUGUGAUAAUUACAACUAGGAGCCCAAAUGUCCUGUAAAAUAUGUGAGGUCAUUAGGGAGGACCAAUUCUACCAACUGCUGGUACUAAGUGAUGAAAACAUGAGUAUGAGGUUUGACACUAGAUAUUUUCCAAGCAGACUCAUUAUCUGUUACUUUUCUCUGCACUGUAUAUCUUUUCCUAACUUAUAGGAAAGUCACUAUAAUUUGCUGUGUGGACAUUAUAAAAUGGACCAUAAACAAUUUGGUGCUUGGGCUCUCUUUGACAUGGGUAUUUGAAUGAGAAUUUUAUUAUUCCCUUUUAUGCCCCAUAUAGGGAAUACCAGGAGGGUUAGGAAACCUUGACCUCACAUCUUUUAUAACACAAUUGGGCAUCCUUUCCCGCACAGCAUUAACGUGGUCCCCCAGUUCGACUUUUCUAGCCUGAUAAAUAGGGUCUUUCCAGAGCCCACAUUUGUUCAAUGCUC